CACCUUCUUUCUCUUUUGCAGGCAAAAAAAAAAAAAAAAGGAAAAAAUUUUCUUCGUAACCCCAAAUUUCUCUGGGAAAAUCAAGUUGGAUUCAUAUUUUCUCGGAGAGGAAGAAAAAGACGUUAAAUAUUCUUUUAAUUGAAUAGAAUUAAGCUUUCCUUAAGAUUAUAAUUGUGGGUUUUUAAUGCAUGCUCUGUUUCAUUGGUUAUUACUCAUUUCUUGAGUUUUGACUAUAACCCAAGGAAGACGUGUUUGUUUUGAUUUCUGGGGAUCUUUGAAAACUGAAUUCACUUUUCUUUUUAACAUCAUUAAGAGUGAAGAGUCAGAAAUUUAUAAUCUUGAAUUGUUCAUUGUUGGUAAGAAGAAAUUUAGAAAAAAAAAAAGAGUUGUUGGCAAUUAAAUUCCUGGGAAUUUGAGUGUUUUUUGUUUAGUGGGGUUGAAUUUGAGUUGACCAAAGAGAGAAAGGAGAUAUGACGUUAGAUUCGUUGCCAGGGAGUUCAGGGUAUUUGGAUUUGUUUCCAGACAGAAGAAUGUUAUAUUUCAGUAAUCCUUAUGUUUUAAGACUUACUGUCAUUGCUGGUAUUGGUGGCUUGCUCUUUGGUUAUGACACAGGUGUAAUAUCAGGGGCCCUACUUUACAUAAAAGAUGAGUUUGAGGUGGUCAAUCAGAGUAGUAUUCUCCAGGAAACAAUUGUCAGCAUGGCCUUGGUUGGUGCAAUGGUUGGAGCUGCAUCUGGGGGUUGGAUUAAUGAUGCUUAUGGACGUAAGAAGGCUACUCUUCUUGCAGAUGUUGUCUUUACUGCUGGAGCAAUUGUCAUGGCUGUUGCACCGGAUCCAUAUGUGCUGAUAUUGGGACGACUUUUAGUUGGUCUGGGUGUGGGUAUAGCAUCGGUUACUGCUCCUGUAUACAUUGCUGAAGCAUCACCCUCAGAAGUAAGGGGUGGGCUAGUGAGCACAAAUGUGCUUAUGAUAACUGGUGGACAGUUUCUUUCCUACCUUGUAAAUCUUUCUUUUACACAGGUUCCUGGAACUUGGAGAUGGAUGCUUGGAGUUUCAGCUGUCCCAGCUAUCAUUCAGUUCUUCUUUAUGCUAUGUUUGCCCGAGUCUCCACGAUGGCUUUUCAUUAAGAAUGAGAAAGCUAAAGCUAUAGCUGUGCUUUCUAAAAUUUAUGACAUUGCUCGAUUAGAGGAUGAAGUGGAUCACCUGUCUGCUGCACUAGAAGAAGAACGUCAGAGAAAGAACACUGUCAGAUAUUUGGAUGUUUUUAAAACAAAAGAAAUCAGACUUGCCUUUCUGGCUGGGGCUGGACUUCAGGCUUUUCAGCAGUUCUGUGGCAUCAAUACAGUUAUGUACUAUAGCCCAACAAUAGUCCAGAUGGCUGGAUUCAAUUCCAAUCAGCUAGCACUUCUCCUGUCUCUUGUUGUUGCUGCCGUGAAUGCUGCAGGAACUGUUGUUGGCAUUUACCUUAUUGAUCAUGUUGGAAGGAAAAAGCUGGCUCUUUCAAGCUUAAUAGGUGUCAUUGCAUCCCUUGUCAUCCUUGCUGGGGCCUUCUUUGCUGAAUCAUCUGGUUCUUCAAGUGGAAUUUAUGGCUGGCUUGCUGUCAUUGGAUUAGCCCUGUACAUUGCAUUCUUCUCACCUGGAAUGGGACCUGUUCCAUGGACUGUGAACUCAGAGAUAUAUCCUGAGCAAUACCGAGGGAUAUGUGGGGGCAUGUCUGCUACUGUGAAUUGGAUUUCAAAUUUGAUUGUGGCACAGACGUUUCUUACACUUGCUGAAGCCGUUGGAACUAGUGCUACUUUCUUGAUUCUUGCUGGCAUAGCUGUGCUUGCAGUUGUUUUUGUGGUCAUGUUUGUGCCGGAGACCAAGGGACUGACAUUUGUUGAAGUGGAGCAAAUUUGGAAGGAGAGGGCUUGGGGCAGCGGUUAUAACACCGAGAGCCUUCUUGAACAGGCAAACAAAUCCUAGUUAUCAUCAGAUUCAAGCUGGCUUGCAUUUCUACAAAGUCAGCAGCUUAUCCUAGAGGCAUUUGGAGGUACGUGCUCAUCUUUCUAUGCAUCUGCGUGGAAAGAUAGGUAUCUUAAAACAUUUAGAUCAUUUAGGGCAUUUUGCUCUUGCAUGUUUUUAGAGUUGAGAACUUAUGGAUGGUCAUAAAUAGUCUGUAUAUAUAGAUUACAUGAUCGUUGUAAAAGGGACGUCUUUUGCUUAGUCCCGAAUGCGAGGCAGGCUCCUUGUUUAUGUACUUGCUUCUCUUUUCUCUCCUUUAUGGAAGCAGAAAUGCCAUUGGACUCAUGAAAGACGGAGACAGCCAUAAAUAUGGACUUAGCUGGUUUGGUAGAUUUUAGUUUAGAGUGAAGUUAAGUAAUGCCAAAUGCCUGAAAUGAAAGGUUCAAAACCGACUUCGUUCUAUGUGUAUGUUUUAAAUUUUCUAAGUCUUUUCUAUAAAUUCACAUGAUUUUACUUUUUAAAUAGCUGGCAAUUUUAAACAUAAUAUGAUGAUAUGACAUGUCAAAAGAAUAUGAGAAUGAUAUAAGUUAAGGUUUUGGCAAAAAAACGUAUAUGGUUUAGAAAAAAUAGAAAAAUGUGUCUUGUAUUUAAGUUUGAUACGACACAUGAAAAAAAUAUGAGAAUGAUAUGAGUUAAAAUUUUGAUAGAAU